CCUCUGAGCUGCAGAGCUAGUGCAGUAACUACAGCCAGGUACUUGGGCACACUAGCGUCCUGUCUGUUCUUACCUUACAGCCAACGCGGCCUUUACGGUUGCUAAAUCAAAUACUGCUUGAUUUUUUGGCACCAACCCCGCAGCCAUGGCGGCGGAGACCGACAAGGUAGAGCCUGCGGACAGCGACGAAGGAGAAGAUCAGUACGAAGUGGAAAGGAUCAUUGACAUGCGGGUGGAAGAGGGUGAAGUGCUGUACAGAGUGCGGUGGAAGAACUACUGCUCAGACGAUGACACAUGGGAGCCCGAGGCCCACUUGGAGGAUUGUCGCGAGGUCCUCUUAACUUUUAAGAAGACCAUGGCUGAAAUUAAGGCCAAGAAAGAAGCAGAAGCCAAGAAGAGUGUGAAGCUGCUGCCAACAAAGAGUGACGUCUUUGAUGCAGACUCUGAGAGUGACAGUGACAAAGAUCGACCCAGCGUGGCACCCGUCAAGAAGAAAAAGAUGAAGCUAAAGGAAGAUGAGGAGGAGCCACUUCCGAAGGAAAAGAAGAAAAAGAAAAAAGAGAAACAGAAGGAGGAUUUCAGGCCUCUACCGGCACCAGAGACAGACGAAGAAGAGAGAGCACCGACUCCAUCCUCUCCUCCCAGGGAGAAAAAGACCGAUAUGAAAAAGCGAGUGGUUGACUCUGACGAGGAGGACAAUGAGCCCGUUCCCCCGAAAAAACACAAGAAGGAAAAGGGAAAAGAUGGAGGAAAGCACAAGAAGGAAAAGGCAGAGGAGGGAAAGAAGAAGAAAGGAAAGAAGGAAAGGAAGAUUGAAACCUCAGAAGACGAGGCUGCUGCACCUCUAGAGGACGACCUAAGUGACGGCCCUUCAGAGUCUCAGGUGGACGACAGUGCUUCAGCAGACGCAGGGGCAAAAUCAGCCGAAAGGGCCCGUUUGGAGGACAAGGUCAAGCAAAAGAAGGGGAAGUGGGAAGUGAAGCUGCAGGGCAUUAAGGACAUAAUCCAAGACAAAAAGGGCAAAAAGCCAGACACUCCACUAAAAGAAAGCAGCCUCCAAAAACUCAAGAGUCUCACCUCUAAAAGCAAGGAGGAGGCUGCCCCUCACUCGGACUCCAGUGACAGCUCCACUUUACACAGGAAAGCUAAGAGCAAAGGGCAGGAGAGCACACCUGUGCCGCCCAAAGUCCCGUCUUCCUCCACCUCCUCAUCGUCCUCCUCGUCCUCCGUCACAGCAGCUAGCAGCGCUAAAGGUAAGGAGGAAGAGGUGGCUAAAGAGGAGGUUUUGGGACAGAAGGAUGCGACAGGCUCCACUAACCUGUUUGAGAAGUUCCUGUUAAACUGCGAGGCCAAGGACCGUGCCCCCCGAAGGCAGCCAGUACAUCAGCCCACCCCAGAAAAAAGCAUCAGCAAACCCACCAAGCUAAUCGGAAAGAUUGAGAAGCUCUCUAAGCCGACCAAAGAGUCUCCAGCUCAGAAACCAGAUCCUGAGAAGACGGAGAAGACCAAGCAAUCAGAUGCCCCAAAACCUGGCCAGAGUCACGGCUUCAGCCUGGACAGCGAUGAGAAGGAAGAUGAACCUUCAGCAAAGCCAAGACCAGGAGAAGAACCCCGGGACAAGAGAGAGAAGCAAGAUGAGGUGCAGCGGCCCAGCUGGGACAGGAGAACGUCAACAGACGACAGGCGGAAGAGGAGAGAGGACAGCGAGCCAAGACUCUUCAUGGCAUGUGAUGACAAUCAGGACAUCCAGGACCCAGCAGAGGGCGCUGACAAAUCUGACAAGAGCCAUGCAACCUUGAGUCUAGGAAUGGACCUCAACCUGGACUGGAUGACACUGGACGACUUCCAGAAGCACCUAAAUGGGGAAGAUGAGAUCCUGUCUGGUCCCCCGCUAUCUCCUAGUGAGCUGCGUGAUGCUGUGAAAAGUGGAGAUUACAUGGCAGUAAAAUUGGCACUUAAUUCCAAAGAAGACUACAAUCUAGACCAAGAGGAUGUGAGUGGUAUGUCUCUGAGCAUGCUGGCAGCAGCAGGGGGUCAGGACGACAUCCUCAGGUUGCUGAUCAAGAAGGGAGUGAAGGUGAAUGGACGACAGAAGAACGGCACCACAGCCCUGAUGCACGCUGCAGAAAAGAAUUUCUUGACUACUGUUGCUAUCCUGCUGGAGGCCGGCUCAUAUGUCAACGCACAGAAUGUAGGCGGGGAAACGGCACUGAUGAAGGCGUGCAAAAGAGGGAACGCUGACGUAGUGCGCCUCCUGCUGGAAUACGGCGCCGACUGCAACAUCCUGUCCAAACACAAGAACACAGCCAUGUACUUCGCCAAACUCAGCAACAACCUGAUGGUGUUCGACUUCAUCAAGGACCACAUCAGCAUGCUGUCCAGUGUGGCCGAGGACACGAUCCGAGCGUACUUUGAGUCUCGUCUGGUGCUGCUGGAGCCGGUUUUUCCUCUUGCCUGCCACAGGCUUUGUGAGGGACCCGACUUCACCAUGGAGUUCGGCUUCAAAACACAGCCACAACCAGAAGGCUCGGGGAUCCUCCUCUUCAUCUUCCACGCUAACUUCUUGAAUGAAAUAACAGCCCGGCUCUGCGGACCUUGCAGCGUUCACGCCGUGGUGCUCAACGACAAGUUCCAGCUGCCCAUCUUCCUGGAUAGUCACUUUAUCUACUCCUUCAGUCCGGUGCCAGGCAUCAACAGACUCUUCAUUCGUCUAGCAGAGGCACCAACAGCCAAGGUCAAACUCCUCAUCUGUGCAUACAGAGUUCAGCUGCAAUGAUGCCUCCUCUGAUUAUGUCAACAAGUCACACCGAGCCUGGCCUUAAUGACAACACACCCCACACACACACACACACACACAUACACAUACUAAGCAUUAGCUGAAACACACUGCAAGGCUUGUUGUCUUCAAAGAGAGGAAACGUUUUGUUGGCUUCCCAAACAACAUUGAGAUUUAAAAGCCAGACCUCGGAGAAGACUGAAGCUCAUCGAUGACAUCCAGACUGCAGCUCCUCCGUGAUCAACAAAUGCCUUGCAGUCUUGUGUGGUUGAUUAAACCUCGAAGUAAACCCUCAAGCAGCCCGUCCAUUUUUAUAUUGACACCAACACUACUACACAGCUUCCUGUUACAAUGUGGCGGUCAGAAACUCCCUCCUCUCCUUUCAGAAACCCUCCUGGGUCGUGCCUUUUCUCCUAGCUCCACCUUCUGUCAGUGUGGACAUGAUAGACGUGUGUCUGUGUGUUUGUGUGUUUGCAAACCUAGCUUGUACAUCAAUGUGUAGAUUUUUAGGGGUGCUUUUGAAGAAGAUGCAGAACGGUUUUCCAUCUCUCCUUUUUUUUUCCAAUUUUUAAGCAUUUUUCUUGGACCAAUGUAUCGCUUUCCCACUCGUGCUGUGUUUGGUAACACCCGAUUUUAUAAUAGACUGUCCUAAACAUACCUGUUUAGCUAGCACUGAAACUUAAAUAGAAGUCUGAGGCAUCCAGUAUUGGGUAACUCCUUGUUGUUAUUUACAAAAUUACAAGCCAAACUCCUGCACACUGUCUCUUUCUCUUGAAACAGAUUUGAGUUCAGAUAUGACUGAAGAUUUGUGUAUUUUUUUAAAGCUUUGGUACUUUUUCAACACUGUCGAUAAUUACAGGAACAGAAAAUAUAUCAUUUCAUAACCCGUGGUGUCAAAAAUGUUGACAACCUUAGAAGCUGUGAUAUGCUGUUAAGGUAAAUCUGUUGAUUCUCCAAUGACAACAAGUGAGAAACUACAUUUCUACAUCACCCAAUCAGAAGCCGGUAGAGAAGUUAAUGUUAACCAAAUCACCAGGAUAGACACUGUUUUGUUUUCAAUCUUUGCCAAGCGGUCGACAAAAAACCUCACUGGCCAUCAUGGGGUCAUGUUCUUGUUGGAGAAGCUUCUGAACAUGAUUCCAUAACACUACAUUAGGAAGGCGGGCAGAUGCGUCCCAAAAAUAAGAGAUCCAUCACAAUAUGUGGCGGGUAUUUAGUGCUGUCCACGUGUGACCUGACGAUCUCACACCAGGAGUGUAAACAGGAGUGUACUCUCUAAUAUGGAUGUUCAUACAAUAGGAGGUUGUGAUUGCAUAGACAAUGUUUUUAUGAAUGAAGAAAAAGUGAUUUUAUAUUUUUGGGUCUGUAAAUAUUCACAUACUAUAUAUAGAUAUAUGCAGACAAAGAUACAGUUAUAAAGUGUCAUCUGAUGACUGCUUAUGUUUUGUUGCUCUUUUUUUUUCUUUUCUUUUUGUUGCAAAUACAGGAUUGAGUUAAGUUAUUUAGUGUGUACAAUAAAAAUCUGUUUCCUUCACUUUCAA